GGAUUUUCAUCGUUUCGAUAAAAGAAUAUGUAAUCAACGGGAUAUCUCUUUAGUUACGGAUUGGAUAGAUUUUUGAUGGCUCUCAUCACACAAAGUGGAUGAUAAGAAAAAACAAGCAUGACUAACAACACCCAAAGAUUGACGUUCUCCCGCACCUAAUUACCAAAUUGCUCCUUCAAUUAAAAUGUCGGUUAUUGCAUUCAAAGAGAUCUUCAAUUCAUCACCCGGUGGAAGUGAAAAACCCUACAGUUUCACGGCCUUCCUAAUUCACGGCUUAUUGGGUUGCGGAGAUGACUUUGCAGAUUUCGCCACCUCCCUCGUUACGUCUCUCUCUACUGAUUGGAGGAUGGUUCUUGUGGAUUUGAGGUGUCAUGGAAACUCAACCGAUCGAGAAGGUUUAACCCCACCUAACGACACUGCAAAUGCCGCUAGAGAUUUGGCAAAUCUCGUGAAAUCUCUUGAUUGGGAUUGGCCAGAUGUUGUUAUCGGGCAUUCUUUAGGUGGUAAGGUGGCAUUGCAAUAUGCUUUAAGUUGUGCUAAUGGUGAUUAUGGUGAUUCAGCACAACUACCUAAACAGGUGUGGGUAAUAGAUGUUGGACCUGGAAAAGCCGAAGAUAAAAGUCAAUAUCAAGAACUGGUGAACGCGUUGCAAAAGUUGCAUACACUUCCGUCGCUUUUCCCAUCACAAGAGUGGCUGUUGAAUCAGAUGAUUGAUCUUGGGUUUCCAGAGUUCCUAUCAGUGUGGAUAAGUAACAGUCUCAAGAAAUCAGGAGAAUACAUGACAUUUUCAUUCGACAUCGAUGGUGCUAUACAGCUGUUCGAAUCCGCCGUAGAAAGUGAUUAUUGGUCAUUGCUUGAGGAACCUCCGAGGGGAAUGGAGAUAGCUAUAGUGCGUACUGAAAGCCAAGUCUCUUGGACUCGGGAUGUGGUAGAGAGGCUCGAGAGUCUUGCUAACCGGGAAAGUGAUGAAUCAAGAGGGAAAGUCUCGGUGUAUGUUGUUUCGGAUUCCGGACACUGGAUUUACAGGGAUCAACCAGAGAGGCUGUUGGAGAUUAUGACCCCAAGAAUGGCUUCUUUGGUUCGUUUCAAGUUGUAACUUGUACGAGCCUUUUUAGAUCAAUAUGUAGAAGCAUGUCAUAUGUUGAGUUGAUCAUUCACAGUUUGACACGGCUGUGAUAACUAUCACCAUAAGUACUUGAUUUGUUUAAUAUGUACACAUAUAAAAAUACAAGUAUUUUGUUUAAAUAUAUGAUUACAAAUGAAAUAUGAAAAAUAUACUAAGCAGAAACAAAUAAAAAUAAUAAUUCCCGAACCGAUCAAGAAUGGAGCCCCCUUUGACCCACAUGUAACUUUUGGCAAGAUUUUCUCUUUAUAUAAACUAGUAAAAAAAACGCGUG